CAGCCACCCUCCUCCCGCGGGCUUCUUCUUACGACUUUUCUUUUGUUGUUGCUGUGACCCGGGUCUGUUUUCUCGUCUGCUGUUUAAGGUGUUUUCCUGCUGCACCGGCUCUCCGCCCUCCACCUCCUUCCCUGUGGUUUAACCUUCCUCUUUCCCCGUGUGUUUUCUGCACGGUGAACUACAUGGAGAUUUGCAUUUCUCCCCCGCUCCGCUCUUCUCCACUCCGAACCCUUGCCCCCCACUCCUUAGGGGAAAAAAAAAAACCCAAAACAAAAAACCCAACCUUGCAAACCCUCUCUGGACCCCGCGGUAGCAAGACUAUGAAGGGGUUGAUUUGUGGGGUGGGAGUCGCUGGCCCAUUGCGGUGCUUGGGACUCAUUAAACUGUCACUCACCCCCCACCCCACUGGGUAAAUGGGGUGAUUAAUGUCUGAUAUAUUGGAAUGGGGCGAGGGCAUUUGUGGAGAAUAGAUUGUGUGGCUGAGGAGGAAUGCAGCUCCGAAGAGUGCCGCCUCGAACAGGCGUUCGUCAUUAUGUCAUUCACCGCGAAGUUAGAGAAAGUUAGGUUUGUGACUUUGGCAAAGUGAGGACUGGACAGAGACGUUGGUUUUUGUUACUCUCUAACUCGGCCGCGGUUUCCUGAUGAGGACGGAGGGCUGAUCACCAGGGCUGCAACACUCGCGCCUCGGGCCUUUUCUACGCCUCACCGUCCCCAGAGUCUGUGGAGAUGUAUCUGACAUUCACAGAUGUCGCAGCACCUUGCAGGGCGCUGGUCAGCCCAGCCUGGGGUUACGUGAGGAUUUCAUCAGCCAUUAGAAAAGACCCACAAAGUCGAGCUAAAAGUUCCCAAACUUAGGAGAUCUGCGCCCCCCCCCCCCCUUCUUACUGAAAGCUGAAAGGUUUUCCUGAGAUUGUGAAACAUUACAGAGCGACCCAAAAAAAGAUUGUUAUGGGACACAGAUCAAGGGGAAGACAAAGUUCUGCUUUUUUCUGAGGGGAGGGUCAGAUCAGAUAGGCAGGUGCAGCGCUCAUUUUAAGUGGCCGUAGCAGGUUUUAUCAGUUUAUUAAUUUGUCUCAUGGAGCUGAAGUUCUUUCCAGGAUUUCAGAAAGUGCAGUUUCACCUUGUUGAUACCGAGAGCCGAUAUUUGCAUGAAGUGGUAGUGUGAGAGAUUUUAUCGAGAAGUAGUAGGAGACAAAACAGUUAAAAUGAGAGUGAAAUCGUAAGGUGAACCGGGCCGGAGUAAUAGUUCUGUCUCGUCUUCCAGCAUUCUGAGACACGUAUGCAAUUAUCUGGGCAGAAAAGAAAAAAAAAAAAAAUGAAAGUACCGUAAUAAUGUCGAAAUGGGACUGGAGAUGUCAAUUGGGUUGGUUUAAAAAUAUCCCCUAAGCUGCCUUUGAAACUAAACGUUGGAGUUGAAUAAAAGUGAAUCUGGAUUUCCUGCAUAGCACCGUGGCUUGAGUGUGCUGUCAGUAUGCAAGCCAGUCCACCAACUUAAGACAGAAGUGUUGCUAUUCCAUAAAUACAGUAGAACUCCAUAUGCUGAGUUUUUCCAUUUCUUUCUGUUAGAAAGUUUGGAAAAAAAGGGAGACUUUGAAGUAUUUUGUUUAUACUAACAGAAGAGAAAAGUUCUCCUAAGAAAAAGCUGGUGGCAGGAGUGUAGAGGAGUAGCAUAUGGCAUUAAAAGGAGCACAGCUGGAGGUAGCAUUUCCAUCUGAACAUGAUGUCAGAGCAGCUGACAGCCUGCCAUCCCUCAGCCUUUUAUUCUAACACACAGACAGGGAGUUAGUGUGUGCGGAUCUGUGGUGGAGAAGGUAUCUUAUUCCUCUCUAACAUCAUCUCCACUUUGCAUCUGUCUCUCUUAGUCUGCUUUUUUUCCACCGAUGUAACAGACCUGGAGCCAGCGAGACUCAGAGGAAAGGACUUAAUCAGGUUUAUGUGUCCUAAAGGUUAUGAAGACAGCAUGGAGUUCCCAGACCACAGUAGACAUCUGCUGCAGUGUCUGAGCGAGCAGCGGCACCAGGGCUUCCUGUGUGACUGCACCGUGCUGGUGGGAGAUGCCCAGUUCCGCGCGCACCGAGCUGUGCUGGCUUCGUGCAGCAUGUACUUCCACCUCUUUUACAAGGACCAGCUGGACAAAAGGGACAUUGUUCAUCUGAACAGCGACAUUGUUACAGCCCCAGCUUUCGCUCUCCUGCUGGAAUUCAUGUAUGAAGGGAAACUCCAGUUCAAAGACUUGCCCAUUGAAGACGUGCUCGCAGCUGCCAGUUAUCUGCACAUGUAUGACAUCGUCAAAGUCUGCAAAAAGAAGCUGAAAGAGAAAGCCACCACGGAGGCGGACAGCACCAAGAAGGAGGAGGACGCCUCCAGUUGCUCGGACAAAGUCGAGAGCCUCUCGGACGGCAGCAGCCACAUGGCCGGCGACCUGCCCAGCGACGAGGACGAGGGCGAAGACGACAAACUGAACCUCCUGCCGGGCAAGAGGGACUUGGCGGCCGAGCCGGGGACCAUGUGGAUGCGCCUGCCCUCGGACUCGGCGGGCCUCCCCCCGGCGGGCGGGGAGCCCGAGCCCCACGGCGCCGCCGCCGCCGCCGCCGCUGCCGCCGCCGCCGCCGCCGCCGCCGCCGCCGGCAAAACAGUGGCCAGUCCGUGCAGCUCCAGCGAGUCUUUGUCCCAGAGGUCUGUCACCUCCGUGAGGGAUUCGGCAGAUGUUGACUGUGUGCUGGACCUGUCUGUCAAGUCCAGCCUGUCAGGAGUUGAAAAUCUGAACAGCUCUUAUUUCUCUUCACAGGACGUGCUGAGAAGCAACCUGGUGCAGGUGAAGGUGGAGAAAGAGGCUUCCUGUGAGGAGAGCGAGGUUGGCGCUAGUGACUAUGACAUGGAACAUAGCGCUGUGAAAGAGGGCGGGAGCACUAACGCCAGGGUACAGUAUGAGCCGGCGCACCUGGCGCCGCUGAGAGAGGACUCGGUGCUGCGGGAGCUCGAGCGCGAGGACAAAGGCAGCGACGACGAGAUGAUGACCCCGGACGCCGAGCGCGGCCCGGUGGAGGGCGGCAUGGAGAGCAGCCUGCUGCCCUACGUGUCCAACAUCCUGAGCCCGGCCGGCCAGAUCUUCAUGUGCCCGCUGUGCAACAAGGUCUUCCCCAGCCCGCACAUCCUGCAGAUCCACCUGAGCACGCACUUCCGCGAGCAGGACGGGCUGCGCAGCAAGCCGGCCGCCGACGUCAACGUGCCCACCUGCUCGCUGUGCGGCAAGACCUUCUCGUGCAUGUACACGCUCAAGCGCCACGAGCGGACCCACUCGGGCGAGAAGCCCUACACGUGCACGCAGUGCGGCAAGAGCUUCCAGUACUCGCACAACCUGAGCCGCCACGCCGUGGUGCACACGCGCGAGAAGCCGCACGCCUGCAAGUGGUGCGAGCGCAGGUUCACGCAGUCGGGGGACCUGUACAGACACAUCCGCAAGUUCCACUGUGAGUUGGUGAACUCGUUGUCGGUCAAAAGCGAAGCCCUGAGCUUGCCCACUGUCAGAGACUGGACCUUAGAAGAUAGCUCGCAAGAACUCUGGAAAUAAUUUUCUAUAUCUAUAUAUAUAUAUAAAUAAUAUAUAUAUAUACAUAUAUAUAUAUAUAUAUAUAUGCGUAUCUAUACAUAGAUCUCUAUCUAGUUGUGGUACGGUCUAAAAGCAGCCUUGUUUCCUGGAACUAAAACGUCGGGGCGUUAACUCGGUUUUGCACUUUAGAGUAGCAUGAGACUCUCACUAAUUUAGCGUUCUGGUAAAAGAGACUUUGGAGCAAGUCCGAGACUAGCGGGGGCUUCUCCUCCGAGGGGGUCGGGGAAGGAAGCCAACGAGGACCUCUGGAACAACUCGUCCUGUCACAGGAUGCUCUCACAGGGCUUGAUUCUGUCGCCACUGCAUUGUCUUCUGAGCGCGCUCUCUCUCUCUCUCUCUCUCUCUCGCUCUUUUUCCACGUUGUUUUGGUUUUGUGUUUCUGUUUUGGUUCGGUUUUUCUGUUCUGUUUUCUUUUUCUUGGCGUCGUCGUCGUCGUCGUCGUCGUCCCCUUUCCUUUUUCAGAGUAGAAAUUCCCUCCAGUUUGAUUAGCCUCUUUAUAGGUCACAAAAUUGCAUGAAUCUUUUCUGGCUGUUGGAAACCUGAAUGCUUUUAGACCCAAAUGGAAAAUUUCUGAAAUGCUGGAUUAUCUAUUUUUAAACAAGCAGUUGACUUAAAACUUUCUGUGGCAACUUCUGGUUUUCUGACGGUUCCCAAUGAGAGAAAUUCUGAACGUACACUGGGAUCACUGGGACGCUGUCUUUGUGAAGGUUUGCUUGGGAUGAAAAGGAUAUUGCAGCUUCAGCAGUGUUGAACUGUGUGUUGAAAAAUGUGAAUUACUGUUCUUGUAUACUGUAACUGAUUACACGGGCUGGGGGGGUGUCAAAGAACUUGACAGGUUGUGUUGAUGCUCUUAGUUGAGUCUUGAAAAGUAAAUAUUAACGCUACAGAAAUGCAUGAGUUUCAAUAUAUUUUUUGUCUUUGUUUGCAUUGUAUAACUUUAACGAGUGAGUUUAAAAUUAUUUAAUUUCCUUAGAAAAAAAAAUAGCACCGUUUGGGGGAAAAAACUGGUGUUAUGAAGAACGUAAAUGCACUGUUUUUAUUUUUAUUUUAUAUAAUUUAAAUUGACUUUCCCACUGUCUUUAAGUUGAAACUGUUAAGCUGAAUACAAACUUAAGCUGCAAAUUGAUAACUUCGCUACAUAACAAGGAAAAUAUAAAUGUUUACAAACGGCUUAAAGAUUUGCAUGUGCAGUGUGCAUUUAUAACAAACUUCUAAUUGCACAAAACCCAUGCCGGCUCAAAAGUUUAGGUGUACACAUUUACCCAGCUGAGCGUUUUUAGAGUAACUACUGCACAAACCGACAAUAGGUCAUUCUCUCUCUUCCUUUUCUUCUUCCUUUUUUUUGGGAGGGGUGGCUCCCCUUCUCUUUUUCUUCCCUGCUCCCUUACCCACCCACCCUCUCUCCCUCCCCCUCCCUGCCUUCAUCCUCCCCAUCCCCCCCCACCCCCGACUCAUGAAAAGAUUCUAUGGACUGAAAAAGCCCCGGGCUGAAAGGACUGGACGGCCUUGAUUGGCGUGGGGAAGGUGGGGAAGGGGGUUAGUAGACUAUGUGUAUCGGGGCAGCAGAGGCUGCAGCCCAACGUGUGGUUUUAAUGACCAGCACGCAGGGCAAAAGCAUUUUGCACAGUGUUUGUUUUCCUGUCUUGCACUUACAAAUAAGGUCUAUGGGAGUAGCAUGGAAAACGUUUGCUGUUUUUCCCUUUUUUUUUUUUAAUUGCUUUUGUUUAAAAUUUGAUCGCCUUAACUACUGUAAACAUAGCCUAUUUUUGUGCUUAAGAUACUGAAUGGAAAACUCCAUUGUGUGUUGCUGGACUGUUUUGGAAAUAUUUGGUCAAAUGUGUGUUAAUUUGGCUGUAAUGGCAUUUAAAGCAAACAAACAAACAAAAAAAAGCUGUGAAAAUGGCCUUGGAGCAUUAUCUUUAGUUACUUGAAGAGUUUCUAGUUUUUUUAAAUACAGUUUAUGUUAAAAUAAUUUUUAUUAAUUUAGAGGAGACAAUCAAUGUCUGAGAAAAACGGACUUUCUUUUGGAUUUUCUUUUUGUGGUCAUUGUGAGUGAUUGCUUUUUCCUUUUAUUAGUUUCACAUUCUUCCUUUGUUCUAAAACUUAGACUGACAUCUAGCUUUGACAAUCAUAGUAUGUUUUAUUUUCCUGAGGGGGGAAUAACUUAUAAUGCUGUUUAGUUUUGUACUAUUGGUGUGUUGGUGAAUUUUUAAACUGUGUGCUAACUGCAAUAAAUUAUAUGAACUGAGAA